AUGGAAUGCGCGUCGCAGGAGUUUGCACUUCUUCAGCACUUGAAGGUUUCGAUUCCCAAUGACCCCGUACCACCUCAACCAAAAGCGCAGGCGGUGCGGAACACCCAUCGCGUCAUGUCCCCGUGCAGACGGCCGCCUGUGAGUCAAAAGGUCGCGCGGAUUGCAACUGCGGUAAACACAAAAAAGGAACUGCAAGCCCCUCGCGCGCCCAUGGCUGAGUUCAGUGGUGAAGUCAUGACAGUAGUUGGGAAAAAUAAUCGCCCUAAUGUAGAGUACCUCAUAUACGAUGCCAAGAUACCGUCGAGAAACGCGAUCAACAUGCAGCUGGCAGAAGUGAAAAAGCAACGAGCAAUGGGAGAGAAGGUGCGUCACCGGUGCCACCGUCAUGAGGUUGAUGCUUGGGGUGAAAGGGACGACGCGAAGUGCAAGCAAAGGCUACUGAAGAGUUUACAAGAGGUAAAUAUGGAGCAAGCGCACCGCACAAGAGCUGAACGUGAGGCUCAGCAACGCCGGCGCAUGGAGACUGAAGCAAACGGAAUAGAAAGUUACACCGUGGCAUGUAAUGCGUUAGAUCCCGAGAAAACCAUAGAAGGAAAGAAGGCCUUACGAGACCAACUGCAGCAGGCAGCGUUUGAAUCACUAGAUAAUCAUAAAAAGGGGGAGCCAGUUGAAGGAGCGGCCUGGGAUCUGCACUACGAGCCUUUUCCGUGGAAUAAUGAUACAAGGAGAAAGCGUAUUCAACGGGAUCGAUGUGUAGCGCUAAUGGAUGCAAAUCGUGAACUUGCUGAGAAAAAAAGGGAUGAACGCCAACGUCAGCGUGCCAUGGAGGCAGCAUGGAACUAUGGUGGAGGCAAGGGUGUUUCUUUCGGUGGGAAAAGAUACGCCCACGAUGUGGGAAGAAAUCCGUCUUUACAAGCGGCUCGCGGGAGUGACGAUGGUGCAGUCGAGGAGGGCGCGGCAGCGCUCUCAUUUGGUCAACCAACUGAAUGUUUUUUUCGCUUCGAGGGUGACAACCCUUCAGUUAGAUGGAAUGAAUGUCGUAAGCUUGCUGAGGUGAACAAGCAACUAGCUGAGCAAGCUGAGAGAAUCCGCAAGGGAGAGAGGCUGGAAAGAAUAGAGGGUGAAAAGAAGUUUAAUCAAUACAUAGAGCGAAUCGAGCGGGAAGAAAAGCAAAGUCGAAGAGCUGAAAAGCUGAAGAGACAAAAAGCCAUGUCCAUGGUUACGCGAGAUGCAAGCAAGAAGAAAGAGGGCCUGAAGAAAGUUAGCUCUGCAAAUGAGUGCCAUGAUAAAUUUUUGCUUUACUCAGCUCAUGAGAGGGAGGAGAAAAACCGGCUGAAAAGAGAGCAAGAGUUCUAUGACAACUUAGAAAAACACAUUGCCUCCAGUCGGGAGGCACAACGUGCAGCAAAGGAUAGGGCUCUGGAAGAGGAGAAACGCCUUCUUCAGGAAACUAUUUCGGAGACUAAACGGUAUACAGAGGAAGAGAACCGGAAAGCCAAGCAAAAAAGGGAAGCUUACAAGGCAGCCUUAGAAAAACAAAUCAGGGAAAAAUCGAAUGAAGCCUCUCAUUCAUCACCCAUGCCACAUCGCGGUCCUGAAGUACGCGUUUUGUAUCGUUGCCCCGUUACGAAGGAUCUGCUGCCUCCAGAGGAAUUUGUUCCCGCGGCAAGCUUACGCAGGACCUCCACACUGUGGUAA